GUACCCAUCUUUGGAGAUAAUCUUCUUACCGUGUUCCGAAAGGAAUCCUUCUUCGAUAUGUUUGUUAGGCUUUACCUGAGAUUUCCUAAUGAAAGAUAUACCGGGUUCUAUCAGAUGAAUAAUCCGAUGUUAUUAAUCCGCGAUCCUGAAUUGAUGAAGACAUUAACAGUCAAGGACUUCGACCAUUUUACAGAUCGUAGACCUUUCAUACCCGAAGACUGCGACCCUUUGUGGAAUAAAAAUUUGUUUGCGUUAAAAGGAGAUAAAUGGAGAGAAAUGAGAGCUACUUUGAGUCCAGCAUUUACCAGCAGCAAAAUGCGAGCGAUGUUUUGCUUAAUGAAUGAAUGCGCUGAGCAGCUGGAAUAUUUCUUUCAGGAGGAAAGUAAAAAGGGCCAAAUAGUGCGUGACAUGAAGGAUGUCUUCACACGUUAUGCAAAUGAUGUAAUAGCGACCUGUGCAUUCGGUAUAAAGUGUAAUUCUCUGAAAGAACCAGAGAACGAAUUCUACGUAAUGGGUAGAAAAGUCGUGAAUUUUGGUAAUCUAUGGAAAAAUUUGAAGUUUUUCGCUCUCCUUUUUAUGCCUAAAAUCUCAAAAUUUGUGAAAAUAACGAUGUUCAGCAAGGAGUCGAGCGAGUUUUUCAAGUCGGUUGUAAGUGAUAACUUGAGAAUCCGCAAAGAACAGAAUAUUGUGAGACCGGAUAUGAUCAAUUUGCUGAUGGAGGCGCGUAAAGGGAAGCUGAAGCACGAUGGUGAAAGUCAAGAGCAGGACGCAGGAUUCGCAACUGUCCAAGAAUCAGAUAUUGGUAUGAAGGACAUAAAAAUGAAUAUGGAAAUCACUGAUACCGAUAUUACCGCUCAGGCUUUAAUUUUCUUCAGCGCUGGCUUCGAAACUGUUUCUACGUUGAUGACAUUCAUGAGCUAUGAAUUGGCCGUGAAUCCGGAUAUUCAAAAGAGACUGCAAGAGGAGAUCGAUGAAACACGCAAGAGGUGCAAUGGUAAAUUGACCUAUGAAACAUUGGCUACGAUGAAAUAUAUGGAUAUGGUUAUUUCGGAGACUCUGAGAAAGUGGCCAUCAGCAGUUGCCAUGGAUCGAUAUUGCGUAAAACCAUAUACUAUUCCUGCUGUUAAACCCAACGAAUCUCCCGUCCAUUUGAAGAUUGGUGACAUCAUUUGGUUACCGAUUGUUGGUAUCCACAGAGAUCCUGAAUACUAUCCGGAACCAGAAAAAUUCGAUCCUGAUCGGUUCAACGAUGAGAACAAGCACGAAAUAAAACCAUUCACUUACAAUCCAUUCGGUUACGGACCAAGAAACUGCAUUGGAUCCCGUUUCGCCCUCAUAGAAACUAAAACAAUCUUCUUUCAUCUUCUAUCCAAGUACGAGCUCGAAGUGGUACAACAAACGAGAGUUCCGUUAAAGGUAGAUAAGAAAAAAUUUAGUUUAGAUGCAGAAGGCGGCGUUACCUUGGGUUUUAAAAUUAGACAAUAAAACAAUCAAUAAAAACUUUGA